CCUGCACAGCGCCCCGAACCGGGGCCCUCCCUGCUUCGCCCUGCCCCAGGAACCUGCCUCCCCGGCCGGGGAUGAGGCCGGGAGGCGGCCGCGCGGGGCCCAGCACACAUGCUUGUCCCCGGGGGCCGCCGCAGCCGCCGUCGCCAGCCUAGAGCCGCCCGCCGAAGCUGAGCCGGCGCCCUCAACUCCGCCGGUCCCCGGGGGUGGCUGCUGCCCGUCUCCCCGAGGCCCAGGGGCCCGAUCGCCGAGCCCCUUGCUCCCUCGGCUGCGGUGGGACCGGGUAGCUGCGCAGCCUCCGACUCUCCCGACCGUAGGGUGUCCGCGGAGCAUGUCGGAGGAGAGCGACAUGGAGAAAGCCAUCAAGGAAACCUCCAUUUUAGAGGAAUACAACAUCAACUGGACUCAGAAGUUGGGAGCUGGAAUUAGUGGUCCAGUUAGAGUCUGUGUGAAGAUAUCUACCCAAGAACGGUUUGCACUGAAAAUUCUUUUUGAUCGUCCAAAAGCUAGAAAUGAGGUACGCCUGCACAUGAUGUGUGCCACACACCCAAAUAUAGUUCAAAUUAUUGAAGUGUUUGCUAACAGUGUACAGUUUCCUCAUGAGUCCAGCCCCAGGGCUCGACUCUUAAUUGUAAUGGAGAUGAUGGAAGGGGGAGAGCUAUUUCACAGAAUCAGCCAACACCGGCACUUUACAGAGAAGCAAGCCAGCCAAGUAACAAAGCAGAUAGCUUUGGCUCUACAGCACUGUCACUUGUUAAACAUCGCUCACAGAGACCUCAAGCCUGAAAAUCUGCUCUUCAAGGAUAACUCUUUGGAUGCUCCAGUAAAACUAUGUGACUUUGGGUUUGCCAAAAUUGACCAAGGUGACUUGAUGACACCCCAGUUCACCCCUUAUUAUGUAGCACCUCAGGUACUGGAGGCACAGAGAAGGCAUCAGAAGGAGAAAUCUGGCAUCAUACCUACCUCGCCAACACCCUACACUUACAACAAGAGCUGUGACUUGUGGUCGUUAGGGGUGAUUAUCUACGUGAUGUUGUGCGGAUACCCUCCUUUUUACUCCAAACAUCACAGCCGGACUAUCCCAAAGGACAUGCGGAGAAAGAUCAUGACAGGCAGUUUUGAGUUCCCAGAGGAAGAGUGGAGCCAGAUCUCAGAGAUGGCCAAAGAUGUUGUAAGGAAGCUCUUGAAGGUUAAACCAGAAGAAAGACUUACCAUCGAGGGAGUGUUGGAUCACCCCUGGCUCAACUCCACUGAGGCACUGGAUAAUGUGCUACCCUCUGCGCAACUGAUGAUGGAUAAGGCACUGGUUGCAGGAAUCCAGCAGGCUCACGCGGAGCAGUUGGCUAACAUGAGAAUCCAAGAUCUGAAAGUCAGCCUCAAACCCCUGCACUCUGUGAACAACCCCAUUCUGAGGAAGAGGAAAUUACUCGGCACCAAGCCAAAGGAUGGUGUUUAUAUCCAUGAUCGUGAGAAUGGAGCUGAGGAUUCAAAUGUUGCCUUGGAAAAGCUGCGAGAUGUGAUUGCUCAGUGUAUUCUCCCCCAGGCUGGUAAAGGAGAGAAUGAAGAUGAAAAGCUGAAUGAAGUAAUGCAGGAAGCUUGGAAGUAUAACCGGGAAUGCAAACUGCUAAGAGACACUCUGCAAAGCUUCAGCUGGAACGGUGGCUAUACUGCACCAGACCCACCAGGGCUCCAAGACUGGCAAAACAGAGUUCAGAUUUUUUGGCAGUUCUGGAGAAGUUGGGGCAUUUGAUAUAUGGAUCAACUCCUUCCCUCCUCAGGGGCAGGCUGAGCUGGGAUAUUUCAUCUACUCUGUGCUGGGCAAGGUAAAGACCUAUGUUGCCCACCAAUCCAAACUGCCAUCUCUGUUCUCCCCCAUGUGGCUAGACUGUGCCUGUCCCAUCAGAGUUCCAAGACUCCCAGUCCUCUGGGGAGCUCCCACAGAAAAAUUGGGAUGCUGGUACACAAACCUUCCCUUCUCUGGGAAAAGUUGGGAGCUAGGAGAUCUCUUUCUGAUUGUAUAGCAUUUUUCCAGGGGUAGGGAUUCUGGCAAGAAGGUGUCUCAAAUCUCCCUACUAGCUUUGGAGAAUCUGGUUUCAUGUUCACUUUGGAUACCGGAGCCUUUCAGUUAGUACCUGGAUUUCUCACAAAAAGAAUUUGUCUGUGAACUGUUGCUGAAUCAAUUUGUUUCUGAGGGGAAUGAGGGUCUAGGACUUGCUAUUCUGCCACUUUGCUAAUAUCCUCCUAACCAAUUUUCUACUGAGAAAUUUAUGAAUAUUUUUCAUCAUUUUUACAAUUGUUCAGUGGACAUGGAAAAGAGUGUACAUUUUCUGUAGGAAACAAAGUCGUGUGUGUGUGUAUAUAAAUGAUCAAACUGCAUAUUUCUAUUAUUUUGGUGUAUAUACCAUUCUCUCGUUUAUCUGCUUGAAGUCAAAUUCUGAAAGACAUACAUGAUAAGACUUCCUCUAAAACUGUGUUUCACCAAGUGUUCCUUGUAUUUGUAAUAGUGUUUUUCUUAAUGUGUUUUGUAGUCAUACUGUUUUUUUAAAAAAAACAACUUGUUUUGAAAUAAUUCACAGGUAAUUGCAAGGAAAAUAUAGAGAGGUCACAUAUAUCCUUCACUGAGCUUCCCGCUUUUAAUAUAGAACAAUACCAAAACCAGGACAUUGAUAUCACUACAUUUGCAAUUCUACACAACGUUAUCACAUGUGUAGAUUUCUGUAACCCCCACUGCAAUCAAGAUAGAGAACUAUUUUACCAUCACAAAGUUCUCACUCAUGCUACCCUUCUAUAGUCAAAUACUUGGCCACCCUGUCAUCCCUAAUUCCUGGCAACCACUACUAUAUUUGUCAUUUCAAAAAUGUUGCAUAAAUGGAAUCAUACUGUACAUGACCUUCUCAGAUUGCUUUUUUCACUCAUCUUAUUGCCCUUGGGGUUGAGCUAAGUUAUUGUUAUACAUCAGUUGUUCAUUCUUUUUAUUGCUAGCAUUUGAUAUGGAUGUACCAUAGUUUGACCUUUCACCUUGAGAAGUAUUUUGAUUGUUCCCAGUUUUCGGCUUUAGAAACAAAGCUGCCACAAAUAUUUUACAGAUUUUCUCAUAGACCUAACUUUCUAUUUAUCUGGGCUAAAUAUCCAGAAGUAUAAUUUCUGAGUCUUGUGCUUUUUUUUUAGUUUAAGAACCUGCCUAUUUCCCAGAGCUUUUAUACAGUUUUACAUUCCCAUCAGCAAUAUAAUGAAUGAUCCAGUUCCUCUGCAUCCUCGCCAACAUUUGGCAUUAUCUCAAUUUUUUAAAUUUAGUUGUUCUAAUAGUUCUAGUGAUCUCUCAUGAGGUCUUAACUGGUAUUUCUACUAAUGUCUACUAAUGUUGAACAUCUUUUCCUGUGCUUAUUUGCCAUCCAUAUAUCCUCUUCAUUGCAAUGUCUCUUCACAUCUUUUGUCCAUUUUCCAAGUGGAUUGAGUAAGGCAGAGUUCUUUAUCUAUUCUAGAUAUGAGUCCUUUAUCAGAUACAUGGUUUGCAAAUAUUUUAUCCUGUCUGUAAAAUUUAUAUUUUAAAUUUCAAUCUAUGAUCCAUUUUGAGGUGAUUUCUGUAUAAAGUGUGAGGUUUAGGUUGAAGUUCAUUGUUUGGUUUAUACAGUUUUCUAGUACCGCUUGCUGAAAAGUCUGUCCUUCCUCCAUGGAAUUGCUUUUGCUGCAUUGUGAAAAAUCAGAUAGCCAUACAUGUGUGGUUUCUCUCUUCUGUUCCACUGAUCUGUCCCAUGACCAAUACCACACAGUCUUGAAGUUGAGUAGGGUGGAUCCUCCUGUUAUUUAUUUAUUUUUUCUCCACACAAGAGAUUUUAAUGGCUGAAAGAGAGAAUGGCUGUCUCUAGGUGGAGAGCAGCAGCUCAUGGGUGAAGAAGCAUGUUUUUAAGGAGUAGGGGUAGGGUGUGUUCUGCAUUGGUGAUUGGAUCUUAAGGGGUGGGAUGAUCAUCUCGCCAUUGGUGAUUGGAUCUUGAGGGGUGGGGUGUCUAAGUGUGCCAGAAUUGCCUUCAUUCCCAUAUUUUUCUUUUCUUAAUAGGGGCCUCUGGGGAACUGGGCAUAGAAUCUCAUUCUCUAGUUACUUCCUGCUGGAAGGGAGUGCAGAUUCUGGGGUUGGCGAGGCCAUUGCUGUAGAGUGGGGAAGGGUGGGCAUCUUGAGAUGAUUCAUAAAGUCAUCAUAGCUGGUUUCGUUAUUCUUCGUGAGAAGGCCUUGAUAGUCCUGGAGGAGUAACAUACCGAAGGCCAGUGUUGUGUGGGACAUCGAGCGACCGGGGAGAUGGAAGGUGGGUUCGUGGAGGAGGAUCAGGGAGUGAGGGGUCCCAAGGCAGCUCAAAUUCCCACGCAAAGGUUUUAAUGGCAGAAAGAGAGAAUGGCUGUCUCUAGGUGGAGAGCAACCCCUCCUGUUAUUCUUAAACAAAAUUAUUUUAAGUAUUCUAAUUCCUUUGCCUUUUAGAAAAUUUAUAUUCUAAAUAAAUAUUUCACAAUGUAUACAUUUAUAAAAUCAUCAUGUUGUACAGAUCAAGUAAGUAAGUACAGUUUUAUGUGUGAAUUAUACCUCAGUAAAGUAAGGAUGGAGGGUGGAAUUGAGGAGGAAAAAACCCAAAAGCUUGAUAGAAAAAGGAGAGAAGAGAUGAACAAUCAUUAAAAGAUAUAAAAAUGGCCCUUACACACAUUAAAACAUAUUCAAAUUCACUUAAAAUUAGAAAAAUACCAAUUAACAUGAAGAUGACACUUCUCAUCUAUCAGUUUGGUGAAAAUUAAAAUAUAUGGUUACAUAUUUUGUUGCUUAGAAUGUAGGGAAAUAGGCAUUGUGAUAUAGUGCUAGUGAUUCAAACUGUCAAGACCUUUCUGAAAGGGAAUUUGGCAAUAUCAAACAAAGCUACAUAUAUAGUUAGUUUUGGACCUUACCUUCCUAUUUCUAGGAAUUUGCCUCCACAGAAACACAUACAUGCAAGAUUAUUUGUUGAUACAUUGUAUGUAAUUUCAAAAUAAUAUAAACAGCCUAAAAGCCCAUAUAUAGGAGAGUGAUUGAGUAGAUUAUGGUACAUCCACAAAAUGGAGUACUAUGAAGCUCUGAAUAACAAACAAAAGAGAAUGAAGAAGAUCUCUAUGAAUUGAUAUGGACUGUUUUACAGGAUUAUACUGUUAAGUUUAAAAAGGAAAGUACAUAAAAAGGGGAACCCUCCUACACUGUUGGUGGGAAUGUAAACUGUUUCAACUGUUGUAGAAAGCAAUAUGGAGGUUCAUCA